AUGAAUUAACCUGAAAAUUAAUAAGAAUAAAAGUAAAUCAAAAUUGAUGAAGUAGUAUUUCUAACCUCAUAAGAAUUUCGAAAAUUUAUUUAAUAAAACGUCUCUGACUAAUAAGAAGAAAUUAUUAUGAAUUAAAAUUCAAAGCAAUCAAAAAAUUCAUAGAGUUUUAUUUAAAAUAGAAAAUUGUUAAAUCCUUCAUAAGAAAACUAGAUAAAAUAUUUUUAAUUUAUUGAUGAAGAAUAUUAAAAGUUAUAAAUCCCUUGUUCAAAUAAGUUAAAAAAUUAUAAACUUGAACAUAAAGAUGAUAAAUUAGAUUACUAAUAAAAUGAUUUAAAAUAAGAAUAAAUGAAGUAAAAGUAAAGUAAAAAUCAAAUAAAUCAUCUUAUAUGUUAAACAGAUAAUUAGAAAUAGAUUAGUGAAUAAAAUAAUUAAUCAGAAAAAGUAGUUCCUACAAAAAAUAAAGCAAUUAAAAUUAUAGAAUAAGAAAUAUAGUAGAUAUAAUCAAAUAAUAAAGUUAAUUAAAAUCAGAAUAGAAUUAUAGAAGAAAUUUAAGAAAAUAAAUCUUUGAAUAAUUGUUAAGAAAUCGUAAAAGAAUAAUAAUAGAAUUAAAUUAUUCAACCUAUUUAACUAUAAUUUUAGGAAUAAAAUCAAAAUAAAAAGCUUAAAAAAUAUGAAAGAUAUGAUGAGAUUAGGGAUGAAUAAAAUUAAUUAGUUUUACAAUUAAGAAAAUUUGAAAUUAAGAUUUUUUAAAAUGAUAAUUAAGUAUAAACAAUAAGAAAUGAAAAUUUUGAAGAGUAUUAUUAAUUCUCAUUAGAUUUGGAGAAAUAAAAAAAUUGUAUUUCUGAUUCCAGAUUUCCAUUAAUAAGAUUUAAUUAGGAAAUUGGAUUAAAGGAUAAGUAGAUUUUAAUAAAUUCAAAAUUAUUUGUAACAAGUUCAAUAAUUAAUGCUUAUGCAAAUUACCUUUAAGCUGUAGAUGAGAAUUAUUAUUUUUCCCUAAAAUCAAAAGAAAGAAAAAAGCAUUAAAGAUUGUUUAUAUUUAGAUCAGAUUUUUUAACAAAUUGUAAUUUAAAAGACUAUCAUUUGUCAGACUAAAAUAAUAAAAAAAAACUAAUAUAUUUAAUGUUAGACUAUUUGAAAAGCUUCAAAAAUAUCUAAUAUUAAUUUUGGUUAAUCUACAAGAAAAUUGCAUUUAUUGUAAACUAAAAUAAUUUACAUUGGUAUUUAGCAGUUUUGGAUAUUUAGGAUGGAUGUUUAAAAAUUUAUGAUUCCAUCCCAAAGGAAGCCUUUUAUUAUAGUUAACUUAAGAAUUUAUUGUAAUUCUUGUUUUCAUAUAUUUCCUUAAAGUCAUUAUAAUUUAAUAUCUUUGUUUGUCCAACUUGGAUUAAAUAAAAAGAUUAUUAUUCGUGUGGUUAUCAUACUUGCUUAGCUCUAGAAUAUUUGAGUUAAAAUGAAGCAAAUAGUUAACCUUUAACAAAAGAAAAGAUUUAAGAUAUUUUGAUAGAAUUGCUAUUAAAGGAAGAGCCUGGAAAACUAGAGAAUUUUUCAUUUGAUGAUCAAUAAUGA